AUGUGGGUGAUCCUGGAUCAGAUGAAUGACAAACCUCAUUUGUUGGACCUUUCGAACGUGUACGGCUCGGACGCCAAGCCACCCAGUAAAGCCUGUGGGGCUAGACUUUCUGCCAUACGACGAGGCCUCGGGAACAGGAAUUUCAUCUUGCGCCCUGUCGAAGGAGUAACCGGGAAGGAGCCAUCCGCUCAUGUGAAAUGCUUCAAAGCAGGAGAUGGGCGAUCGUCCGUGACUCCGAAUUUAGCCGUUACGCACACCGUUUUUCUACGUCAACACAACCGACUCGUUGCUUUGCUGGCCGAUUUGAAUCCGCACUGGAAUGACGAGCGUCUCUACCAGGAAGCCAGGCGCAUUCUGGCGGCUCAAAUGCAGCACAUCACCUACAACGAAUGGCUGCCCGUCGUUAUCGGCCGGGAGAAGAUGCAGGAGCUUUUCCUGUUGCCACUACAAAAAGGAUUUAGUCGCGAUUACGACGAAAACGCCAAUCCGUCUAUUUUGAAUGAAUUUGCCGCCGCUGCAUUCCGUUUUGGCCACUCUCUAAUUCAAGGCCAGUAUUAUUUGUACGAUUUGAAGAGGAAAAAGACGGGCUCAGUCCAGUUGCUUCACCAUUUCUUCAAGACGCAAUCGCUUUACACACCCGGCAAUCUGGACAAGUUCCUCAUCGGUUUGGCUACUCAGCCCGACCAGAAAGUUGACAACGUCUUUACCGAAGAGCUCACCAAUCAUUUGUUCGAAAAGGAGGGCAAGAGUUACGGAAUGGAUUUGUUGUCGCUCAACAUUCAACGUGGACGUGGUCACGGUCUGCCUGGCUACAAUUCCUAUCGCGCCAAUUGCGGACUGCCUCGCUCCAAAGACUUUGACGGUCUUAUCGACCUCAUUCCCCGGCAGACUGUCAACAAAUUGAAAUAUUUGUACGCCUCUGUGGAAGAUGUUGAUCUAUACAUUGCCGGAGUGUCCGAACGGCCGGCCAAAGGCGCCGUGGUAGGCCCCACUUUCCAGUGUAUCAUCGCCGACCAGUUUUUGAGGUUGAAACGGGGUGAUCGCUACUUUUACGAUCUCGGUGGUCAGUCCGGCUCGUUCACUGAAAAACAAUUGGAAGAGAUAAGAAAAACCAGUUUCGCUCGUCUCGUGUGUGACAACAGCCUCGUCCAGUUAACUCAGCCAUUAGUUUUCAAGUCGGUCUCUGCCGUGAACCCGAUCGUUGAUUGCAAGUCGACUAAUUCUAUUUCUCACGUUAGUCUUCAAGCGUGGAAAGAGUUUCCCGGAAAAAAAGGCUAA